AUGACAGUUACCGAGAACCAACAGGUCCUUCAACCCUCUGAGCCCGCCGCAGCAACUCCCGACAAGACCGGCGAGCAGACCCGCCAUGAAGAAUAUCAAUAUCUUGACCUCGUUAGAGAAAUCCUGAAUGAAGGGGAGCUCCGUCGUGACAGGACGGGCACUGGCACCUAUUCCAUCUUCGCUCCCCGUCCUCUAAAAUUUUCGCUUAACCGCAACGGCACGCCCAUUCUGCCCCUCCUUACCACCAAACGCGUCUACACUAAAGCCAUCAUCGCCGAGCUCCUCUGGUUCAUCUCUGGCGACACCUCGGCCAAAACUCUCUCCGCGCAAGGCGUCAAGAUCUGGGACGGCAACGGGUCGCGGGCCUUCCUUGACAGCUUAGGCUUCACAGACCGCGAAGAAGGCGACCUGGGACCCGUGUAUGGCUUCCAAUGGCGGCACUUCGGCGCGCAGUACGUUGACUGCCAUACGGAUUACACGGGCCAGGGUGUGGACCAGCUGGCGCGGAUCGUUCACACUCUGCGGACGAACCCGUACGACCGGCGGCUGGUGCUGAGCGCGUGGAACCCGGCCGACAUGGCGAAGAUGGUACUACCGCCGUGCCACAUGUUUGCUCAGUUUUAUGUGUCUUUCCCGCAGAAUGCCCGCUCGGGGGGUAAGCCGGUCUCUUUGCCGUCACCCUCCCAAGACGGCGAACAACACGACAAUCAACUAAAGCCUAAAGGCUACCUUCACUGCCAACUUUAUCAACGCUCCUGCGAUAUGGGGCUCGGCGUGCCCUUCAACAUUGCGUCGUACGCGCUGCUGACACAUAUGCUAGCGCACGCGUGCGACCUAGUACCGGGAUCUCUGACACAUGUAAUGGGCGACGCGCACGUGUACCUGAACCAUGUGGACGCGCUGCGCAUGCAACUGGAGCGGGAGCCGGCCGGGGAGUUCCCCGAACUCGAGAUCAAGCGGCCCAAAGGCGACGGCGUCAUCGACGGCUGGAAGCCCGAGGACUUUGUGAUCAAGGGGUACAACCCGCAUAAGGCGAUAGUGAUGGAGAUGUCAGUGUGA